CAAAGUAUUAAGUGAUUGUAAUACUAUACAAAUUUUACCUACCGUUCUGUAUCGUGAGUCUUCACUUUAAAUAUUGUUUAAAUUAAAAAAAGUCAGAAUUAGGAACGAUUAAAUACAGCCACCACUGGCCUAAUGACGAGAUACACGUGCUUUGUUGUUCUUGCAGCUUUCUUAAAAUGGACAUCUGCUCUGCAAUGUUACGACUGUCAUAAUGUAACCGAUGUACACGCCUGCAGCCAAAUGUUAACUUGCGCUGCAAAUGAGGUAUGCUACAUGGGGUCAACAGCGCUGACUAAUACCGAAUGGACAUACACGCUAACUUGCAAAGAUAAUCUUCACUGUAACCCACUUGGUUCAACUGGUGCUGUGAUUGGACGAUCAGUUGGUAAUAUUGGAUCUUCGACUACUAAACGUGAUGUAGCCUGCCACGAAUGUUGUUCCACAUCGCUGUGCAGCAAAGCUCUGUGCAAUAAUCCAAGGCCAGCAACAUCUACUGACGACCAAUCUGUGGACUGUGCCAAGAUUCACUCCCUAUUCAAUGUGUGUGCUGACAUCCAGAGAGCAAAGUUGGUUUGCCCAAGGAUCUGUAACCUUUGUAACAUCGUUGAUGGGCAUUGGAACUGGAGGUCAUCCUGGGAUAUAUGUGACGUCACGUGUGCAAAUGGAACGCAAACACGCCAACGAACUUGCACCGACCCUGAACCUCAAAAUGGCGGUCUGAAUUGUGUUGGUGUUGAAAUUGAGAGUCAAACGUGCAGUUUAGAUUCAUGUCCAAUCCACGGUGGCUGGUGCCUGUGGUCACCAUGGGGAUCGUGCUCAGUCCCAUGCGAUGUGGGCAUGCAGAGACGAGACAGGUCGUGUUCAAAUCCUUAGCCGGCAAAAGGUGGUAACCAUUGCUAUGGGGAUUCCAGAGACGAUCAGAUUUGCUAUAAUCCUGGAUGCACAAGUAAUGGUGUGUGGUCAGCAUGUACAGGUUGGAGCCCAUGUACCGCAACAUGUGGUGGGGGUCUAAGAACAAGGGGUAGAUUGUGCAACAACCCAGCCCCGUCAUUGCUAGGCCAUGAAUGCGAUGGAUCACCACAGGAUAUCGACCUAUGUAACAAUGUACCAUGUACAGGUCCUGAUAUACAAUUUAUUGUUGGAACUCCAACGUUUACAGAAUGCCACAGGUCGUCACCAUGGCUUAUGACUGCAUGUCAUAUUGCAUUUGGUAAAUUCAUUUCGCUUCCAAAUGCUCAGCUCAAUCUGCAAACAGCAACAAUCGUCGCUUCGAAGCCUGGAACAUUCUGGUUUGAAUGGAAUUUAGCAGCAGGAACGAAUUCUAGGACAUGUUAUGUGUAUAAGAACGAUAAUCAGAUCGAAUACAUAGGGGUUGGCUCGAACCACACUCAAGUACACUUUGAGGUACAGUUGAUGACCAACGAUAACUUUCGCUUACAUUCGUGUU